AUGCUACCGACGACGACGUCGGACACCGUUGAACGCCUUUUGCAGCGGAGUGCGGCCGCUGUCGUCAUGGUCGCCGGCGAGCUCGCCAUCGGACGUGUGGCCGAUGAUGGUGGCGCUGUGAAGAUCUGGCGAGGGCGAGGCGAGAUCCGGCGAUGGCGGGGCGGCGCUGGGUGUGGUCGGAGGCGGCGGGAGGUGGGUGUGUGCUGUGGUGCCGCCGUGUCUCUGUGUGCUUCACAAGUGGCCCAAAAUUCCAUAGCCAACGGCAUCCUGUGGCAGGAGGAAUUGAAAUUAUUGCUGUCCGAGUUGGCAAGAAAAGCUGAUUGUCAGUACGACCCCUGGCAUAGAAAAGGGUUUGCAUGCGGCUGUAAGAAGGCCACAUUUGCAACAUAG